AUGAGCGCGACGCCCAGAGUCCGGUCGGGGGCUUUCCCCCAGACCCCAGGCACCGUCGCGAGAGGAGCUCCUCCCACUCCUUCACCAACACCGCCUCCCGCCGCUUCGCGAAGAACAUCGCAAAAAUCUCCCUUGCCUGUCGCUCCGCGGGACAAUGCUCCCCAAACCGCCGCCGGCCAGCCGGUCAUCUCUCUCAACAUCAUCCCAGCGCCGUCCCAACGCUUGUAUGCUUGCGCCGUCUACCUUGCCCUACACGCAUACCGCAUCUACGACUGGGUGCAGCUGAUAGAGGAGCAUGCCGACUCGGUGCCGCUGUUUCUGAAAUGGCUUAUCAUUGACCUCGCUUUUCUGUUCGGCCUUCCAGAAUUGAGGAUACCAUGGCUGGAACUGGCACAACCAACAGUAAUCACACUGUUCCUCAUCCACGCCGUACUCAACUGGAUGCUCAUGUUCAACAUCGCCAUGCCCUGGACCUCCUUCAUGCUGGCAUUCGUCAAGGUUUUCUACGACAAGGAGCUCUCCAUCUCGGAGAAUUAUGUCCAGACGAGCAACAUUCUGCAUAACCACUCUCUCAUCAUGGGAAAGCAGAUUAUCAAUAUCCUUCCCGAGGGCACCGCUAUCAUGAACCCGGAAGGCGUCCCCUUCUGUAUCGGAGGCGACAAACAUUCGGCCUCGAUCCCGCUCCACUUCAACGCAACCGCGCCCGUUGAGGUGGAGCUGAUUCGAGUCGACUUGGAUACGAAUCACGAAGAGUCCCUCAAGCUUUCCAAGUCGCAGCUCCGCGAGAUUGAAAAGCUGAGCAAGCGCCAGGCGCACGAAGGUGGCCAGACCGCAGUGCAGUACAAUUUCCCAGUCAAGAAGACGGGCGCGUACAAGCUCGGCAAGGUCCUCGAUGAGUACAAAUUGGAGGUUCAGAGACACAGUCCCUACACGUUCGUAGUGGCUUGUCCCAGCGCCCGCGUCCGGGCCUCGCCCUCGGCGAUUCGCUGUCUUGGUGACCUCUCCGACCUGUCUCUUCAGGUCGAUGGCACGCCACCGCUCAAGAUUGUCUACAGUCGGACCAUCAAUGGCAAGGAUCACAGCUUCCACUUCCAGAGUUUGCAGCCCGAAGGAUUCUCAUCUCCGCUGAUGGGAUCACUCCGGUCCACUACCCUCACCAUUCCCGACGAGAAGGACAUCUCCUGGGCCCGGCCUCACCAGGUUAUGGUCAGCCUGAACGAGUCUAUGCACGCUGGAGGCGAUUGGCAGUACUCGGUCGACGAGGUCCACGAUGCCUUUGGAAACGUUGCCAAAUACGUCUCGCCCGCUGAGGACCCUGAUAUGCGCCCUAAGCCGAAGCAUCUUGUCCAGAACUUCCAUGUGCAGGAGCGCCCGCGCGUCCGUCUCCAAGGCUGUGAUUUGCGCAAUCCGCUCAAAGUUGCCAAGAACAAGGCCACCCCAUUGCCUGUCAACUUUGAGAUUGCGGGCAAGGUCCCGGAUGACACCUCGCACACGAUCACUUGGCAGUUCUCACCCAUCGACACCUUGACUAAGAGCGGCGAUCAUGGCGAUGUGAUCACGGAGGGCUCGUACCAGAGCAAGACCGCGAGGGACAGGCCCAUGAUCUCAGCUCCUGGUCUGUAUACGCUCAAGUCGGUGACUGCGGGGUCCUGCGAGGGCGAAGUCCAAGAACCUGCCUCGUGUCUCCUGCUCAAUCCCUUGGAGCCAAAGUUGACGCUGCGGUCCGAAGAGAUUCCGGACACGUGUGCUGGAAACUCCGUCGGCCUCCGUGUCGAUCUGGAUCUCGUUGGCACACCGCCCUUCGUUGUCUACUACGACGUCGUGACCAAUGGCGAUCCAAGACGCGAACGAGUCAAUAUUCCAGGCAUGCGAUAUCAGCUCGAGCUAAGACCGCGUGUUGCAGGAAGGCAUCAGUACAUUUUCAAGGCUGUUGACGACCAAGUCUACAGGGGCCAACUGCUCACUGGGGCUGAUAAGGCCUUGUACCAGGAUGUCAAACCUGCUGCGAGUGCCAACAUCCUCCGACCCACCGGCAGGAUCAGUGCUUGUUUGGAAGAGCAAAUUGGAAUAGACAUCAAUCUCUCCGGCGAUGCGCCCUUCACCCUCGAGUAUGAGCUCCUUCACGAGGGUAAGAAACAGCAAUUCAAGGCUGCAGACAUCAUGGAGUCGUCGCAUAGGAUCACGACGCCACCCUUCGUUGAGGGAGGGGAGUAUGCGCUUGCUCUGACCAGCAUUCGAGAUAAGAAUGGCUGUCGCAACUUCUUGCAAGACGAACUGAAGAUCUCGGUCCGCCGUCAACGGCCCAGAGCCGCCUUUGGCUUCAUUGACGGCAAGAGAAAGACAAAGGUCGUGGAAGAUGCCAGGGUCAAGCUUCCUCUGCGGCUGACUGGAGACGGACCCUGGAGCGUCACCUAUCGCAACACAGAUGCCGACUCUCAGCCUAUCAAGCGGACCCUGACCAAUGGUAACGGCUUCAUCGAUGUUAAUGGCCGCGGUACCUAUGAGAUCGUCGAGGUCUCGGAUAAUCAAUGCCCCGGAACAGUUGACCGCAGCGCCGCAACGUUCGAGGUCGACUGGUUCAAGCGACCCGAGCUGGCCUUGGUUUCGGGAGAGAGUAUCACCAAACAACACGGCAAGUUUGUCAAGCAAGACGUGUGUGAAGGUGACAUUGACGGCUUUGAAGUCAAUCUCCAAGGCUCCCCCCCCUAUCACGUCGAGUAUGAGAUUCGACAUAAACCAAAGCAAGGCUCUAGUUCGAUGAGCCGCAAGUCAUUCGACGCAGUCCUCUCCAAGGCUUCUAUCCAGAUGGAUACCGCAAAAGCCGGCUUGUACACUUACAAGUUCUCCGCCCUGGCGGAUAACCUCUACAAUGACGACAAGAAGUUCACGCCGCUCGUACUGGAGCAGACCGUCAACGCCAAGCCAUCUGCAACUUUUGACAAACCAGGGCUCUCCUUCAAGUACUGCAAGUCAGAGCAAGAGAAUGAGGAGACGAUCCCGAUUACGCUUACUGGUGUCCCGCCAUUCUACGUUGAGAUUGAGAUCAAGCAUCAGAGCGGCUCAGCCCCGGAGACGUACCGCAUUCCCUCCAUUGACACCCACAAGUAUGGCAUGAAGAUUCCGCGCGAGCACCUCCGUCUUGGCACUCAACAUGUCCGCAUCCGUCAGGUUCGGGAUGCUAGGGGCUGUCAGCGGACAUCGGAGCUCGGUGGUCCGUCGGUGCAGCUUCAGCUCUUCGACGCACCGGCAAUCUACCCGCUCGAGACACGCACGGAUUACUGCGUCGGCGAGCGUAUCGCCUACACCCUCUCGGGCACACCUCCCUUUGAGGUCUGGUACACGUUUGACGGGGUUAAGCGCCGCGCCAAGUCCACCACAACCACCUUCCGCCGUGUCGCCGAGGCUCCCGGCGAGUUCUCCAUCACGUCCAUCAGCGACAAGGCGUCCGAGUGCCAGGCCGCUGUGGGUCUCACCAAGACCAUCCACCCGUUGCCGUCGGUGCGUAUAUCUAAGGGUCGCAACGUCCGCGUCGAUAUCCACGAGGGUGGGGAGGUCGAGAUCCUCUUCGAGUUCUGGGGCACGCCGCCGUUCGAGUUCACCUACACGCGCAGCACCAACGCCAAGAAGGGGCAGAAGUCGCAGGUGCUGGAGACCCGGCAUGACACUUCCUACGAGCAUAGCAAGGUCAUCCGUGCGAGCCAGGAGGGUACGUACGAGGUGGUAGCCAUCAAGGACUACUACUGCGCGUUCUCGACACUGCAGGUCGAGGGUGGUGGGUCGAAGGAUAAGGGGCAAAAGCUGCUACAAUAUUAA